UUUAAAACCUGAAGCUCACUUCACCAGAGGCCACAAUGAGUAAACGAAAGCUGGGGUCUAGCCGAAGAAAUAAAGGAAAGCCACUUACAAAAGACCCAGAAACCGAACCAUACCUGGAACCCAGAGAAGAUUUUGAGGAUGAAACGAGAGGCAAAGAAACUCUUAGAACACAUGUGUCAGCAGCAGCACAACUUGAUAGCACCAUGUUUACAAGCUUUUCACCUGAUGGCUCUGUGGUUAAGAUGACCACUGUCAGUCCAGACGAUAUCAUGGAAAGUUUAAUGCCAAAAACAAGCAAUUUGCAAACUUCUAACACUGUCAGCAAGCUGAAAGAGACCGACGAGUCCAACUUUCUUGAAAGUGAGGAAGUCAAAGAAAACACCCCUUUUGAUGGCCUCUCUGAGGCACCCAAUUCAAGUAUAUUCUCAUGUGUUUCAGUGAAUCAGCAGCUAAUGAACAAAAAAGCAGCAAAUUCUAACACACAUGCUGCAGCAAAGUCAGAGAGCAACAACAAAGGUGUCAGAGACUUGUUCAGACAAGAUGGAAGUUUACAGGGAAACCACAUGGUGAGUGAGUCACAGAUCAGCUCACUAGUUUUAGAGUCUGCCAAACCAGAAAUUACCACAGAUAAAAGCAGCCCCAGUGAAAUCACUAAAGUUAAAAACAGUGUUGGGCAAGCUGUACUUUUAUCACCAAAAGAGGAGUUGCCUACAAAUGAGGAACAUGAUGAUUUUGCUCAGCAUUCAGAGGAUGGUGUCGACAAAGUGCAUGAAAAGGAUGAUAAACCAACACAAAUACAAGGGUUCAUUUCAACUCCAUAUGCCAAACAGGAUUUAUGUCCAAACAAGGGCAAUUUGAAGGCUGCAGACCAGAGAAAUGAGGCUGAUGAUUUGAAGCAAAAAGGGAACAAUACAGAAGCAGAAAAAACUGAUGUGGGACAGAUGUAUGAGGGUGGAGUUCAUGUGGAGGAUGGUGUUAAACAAAGUGUUAAACAAACUGUUCAUCAAGGGGAUCUCUUCGAAGAUGAAAGGAUUAAUUCUGCCCUACAAACCCUGCCCUCAGAAACAUAUGCCCAUUUUGACUCCCAGAACAGAAGAAAAUAUGGUUCUAGACGUAGAAAUAAAGGACAACAGCAUCUCAAAGAAUCUGAAGAGGAAGUUUUAGAGCAUGACAAGUGUGAUCAAGCCCUUGAAAAAGAAAAAAUAUUAGAAGCAAGCACAACAAGCCAGGGAGACUUAAGUCAAGACACAGGACAUGAUGUUAUCUUCUCUGUGUCACAUGGCAGCUCCAUGUUUUCAUUGACUGCACCUGCUGAUGUUGAAAACUCCUUACCAGAAAAUUUCAUUCUUACAAGCGAAAAUGUUCCAGAAGAUCAAAAUGAAAGGGAAACUGAAAUUAAUGUUGAUCUGUCUGAUAAAUCUGCAAAAGUCAUGCCAGAAGAAACAGAUCAAUCCUCCACUCUUUACAGUGAAGACACCAAAGGUGUUCAUCAUUCAGAGGAUGCUGAGAAAGUGCAGGAAGACGAGGUUCAUCCAACACAAAUGCAGGAAGUUCUGCAAACUAAGAACUGUUCUGAAGCUGUGACAGAUAAUGUAUCAGAAAAUCCUGAAAUUUCUGAAAGUCUGAUUGAUCCAUUUGAAAUCACCAACCAAUCCGAUCCCACAGAGAAAAGUACUGAUGAAUGUGCAGCCAAACAGGAAGUUUCAACUCAACUUGUUGUCAAACAGAAUGACUUUCCUACAACAGAAAGAAAUUUGCAGGCUGUCGAUCAAAGAAAUAUAAAAACUACUAUGGCACAGAUGCAUCAGGAUAGAAAAUACAAUUCAGGGCAAAGUGUUCCUCAAAAUGAAGAUCAUGUCUUCUUUGAGAGCCAGACAAGCAAUAUUUCUCCUCAAACUCAAUCUUCAGCCCUUCCUGACUCUGUGAGCAUGGAUGAGCAGACUCACACUUUCUUCAGCCAGACUGGGAACAGAGGGGAUCCUCAUUCAGAGGAUGCUGCAGAGAAAGUGCAAGAAGAUGAGGUUAAUCCAGCACAAAUGCAAGAAAUUUUGCAAAAUGAUUACUCUCCUGAAACCUUGCUCAAUGAUUCCUCAGUAAAUCUAGAAAUUGCUUCUGGAAUCCUUACUGACCAAGCUGAAAUCACUAAUGCUUACCAGUCUGAGUUCACAGUGAACAGAACUGAUGAUCCUGCAACCAAAGAGACCGCUUCAAAUCAAGAAGAUAAACCAAAUGAGGAUUCUACAGAACAAGACUUCUCAGAGGCUUUAGACCUGAAAAAUGAGGAUUAUGAAUUAUGUGGUGUCAAUAAGCCACCCAUCAGUGAUAUAGAAAACUCUGCACCAAGUCAGGUGCAUGAGUUCAAAGAGGGCGAUGUAGAGCCAAAUACUGAUCAAAUAUUUCAUCAGGAGGAGGAGGGACCUCUGUACGAAACAGAGGAGAUGAAAUCUGCUGACCACCAGCCUCAGGACAGUUUUGUGAGUGUAGACGAAAACAAUCACACAGACGUCCACCAUAGUAGCAACAGAAGAAAACUGGGAUCUAGCCGUAGAAAUAAGGGAAAGUAUAAGGUCAAAGAGUCUGUCGUUGAAGCAUACCAUAAAAUUAGAAAGGAUGCUGGUGCAAAUUCAAGCAGUAAUGAAUCCAGUGAGGCAGUGUUAACAGUAGAGAUGGCUGGCCAGGAAAAAUCUGUGGAAAAUGUUCAGGAAGAAGAGGAAAAAGCUGGCCCUUUUCAGACUGAAGUGGUCAAUUUUGACAGUGAUGUUUGUACUUCUGAGAUACCUCCUAUUGAUGUACAUUCAGCCUCCACAGAAGACCAAAGUGUGUUUGAAAAGUCACGUUACGGACUGGUGCCUGGUGAGGAUUUUUCCAGUGUGUAUUCAAUAACAGGUACAGUGAGUAAGGACAGACUUGAAUGUACAAAGCUUCUAAGCGGGGAUGGAAAUUUGCAGGAGAAUUAUUUGGUGUGUGAACAGCUUGUGUGCCCUAUCGCACAAGAAAUCCACUUAGAAAAAAGCAGUAGUGGGGAAUAUGUAAAGGAUGAGUGUAGGGUUGAGAAAGGAUCACCAGAAGAUGAGUUGCCUAUGAAAGAAAAACAGCUCAGCUCAUCUCAGCAGAAAGAGCUUGAACAGGAGACUGAGCCAACACAAAUGCAAGGCGUGUCUCAAAUUAGUUUCAUAACUGACACAAAUGAAAAAAAAGAAAAGAAAUCUGGUGACGUGUAUGAGGUUGAAGGUCAAGUAGUAAUAAUAAAUCCGAGUGAUAAAGAAAUGGGUCACCAGGUGAUGGAAGGACUCUUCUCUGAAUCUGGACGUACUGAAUCUCCUUUACAAAGCCUGCAAAAUCAAACACAUGCUGUUUUGGAUUCUCAGUCUCAGCAAAACGACACAAGUUUAAUCCUUGCUGGGAACAGUGGAGUAGUGGGGUCAAGCUUGGAAAAAUCACCAGAAAGGAGGAAAGAAGGAAUAGAAACAUCUGACACUUCCCCCACUGACAACAUGGCUGCUCACUGCAAAGAAAAUGCACAUCUUGGCACAGUUGCUGGCAUCUGUGAGUUUACAACCUCAAGUCCUUCAGUGAAGCAGCAGCUCAUCAAGUCAAAUUCCAGGAAGCUGCCAGAUGACAAACUUCCUUCUGUCUUUGCAACAGAAAACAAGAAACCAGAUGAGGACACAGAAAAGUUAAGGCCAUGUGGAAAUUUACAAGGCAAUCAUUUGCCAAGUGAAAAUGUGGAGUUUUCCAUCCCACCAGAGAGAACCACAGAGAGAAGUAAAUACAAUGCUGAGGUAAAGACAUUUUUAUCACAAGAGAAUUUUCCUACAAAUGGGAAACAAGACGAACAUUUCAACUCAUCUAAAGCUGAAAGAGCUAUGCAUUCAGAAGAUGUGACUAGAAAGCAUGAUGUGCAUAUUGAUCAAGCAAUGCAUCAACUUAAUUACACCACGAUUUUAGAGGAAAAUCCUUCUGUGCAAACACGGCAGUCUGAUACAGAUAUGACUCCUUUGGACUCUCAGCCUCAAGACAGUUGUAUGAGCUUUAAAGAUGAGAGACACUCAGGUGUCAAACUAGCAGGAAACAGAAGGAAACUGGGGUCAACCCGAAAGGAUAAAACAAGACAGCAAACCAAGGUAACUAAAGCAAACCAAGAAUUUAAGGAGGAAGUUGUGGAGGACACAGAAAUGUUAGCAGCAAAUAAAACGAAGCAGGAAGAAUCAGAAGAUCUACUAUCUGCUGGGACAGUAAAGAUCAGUUCUACCAUGUCAGGAGAUAAAAACACAGAAAAGCUGAUAAAAGUUCUUGACAAUAGUGCUGUUGCAACAUCAGAUAUUAAUCCAGACUCAGACAAUGGAGACCCUCUCAAAUUCAAUAAAGACCUUGAUGAAAGACACACAAAACUUGUGAAAGAGCCUGAUAAUGUAAGUCAGUUUACAGGAUAUGACACAGUUAAACUGAUGCAAUCAUCGCAAGCCUGUGAUGGGGAAGAUGACUCAGAUGUGCAGAGUAUCUUAUAUCAUGAUUACAUUAUCAGCCCCAGAUCAGGCAGUGAGCAUGUUCCUGAUCACAAAGCAGCCUUUCAGUGCCACAACACAGAAGUUUUAUCUUGUGACAAAAACUCACAAGGACAAGAAGUCCACUCGCAACAAGCAGAUGAUGUGAUGGAAACGGUGAGAUGUGUCACAACAGAGGACUGCAAGACAGAGGUGGCGAGCUCAAUGGAUGCACAAGGUCCUGACCAGGAUGAAGCUGUAGGGGAACAUGUCCAAGAAAUGGAUGCAUCAUUAGAAAGUGAAAUUUCUACUCCCAUGGAUGUACAUAACCGUCUGCAAGAAAAAACUCAAUCGGGUUACAAUGAAAAUUUGCAAGUAAAAUCCAAAGAAAAGAAGAGAAAGCUAGGCUCUACUCGCAGGAGUCGACUCAACAGGAAGCAAGAGGAAGAUACAGACAGCAAAGAAAGUGACUUUAAUACAGAAGAUGAGGUCAGGGAUCUGGACAAGUUGGAGGUUGUGGAGGAGUUGUCGUUAACUGCAGAGGUAUUACAAAGUGAACAUGGCCAGCCAUUACAGCAUACCUUAAAGCAAGAAAAAACAGAGGAAAUUAAAACCCUUCAUCAUGAGGAGCACACGCUACAAAGCUGUGCUUUUGACAAGCAGAGCAGCGAGAGUAAAGUGAUACCAGCUUCCCUUUCUGAACAGUCUGCCUCCAUCAAACCAGUUGCUUUCAGAAUGGCAGCUAAUGAAAGGGAUGAGGAGAGAAAUGUGGACAAGAUAUCACAGCUAGAUGAUUUUACAAAUACUGAGAUACAGUUAACUUCUGGAACAAACAGUAGCACACUGAGUCAGCUGCUGCCUCUAAUUACUGAGACAAGCACUGGCAUCAGUAUGCAAACACAUGAGGAGAGUUUAAAACCAGCACAAGUCCAAGAUGCUGAUGAACAAAAGCCAAGUAACUUGCACGAAGGAAGUAAAUGUGAAAAUCUUGAAAUAACGAGCUCAAGUCCGGAUUUAAAUUCGCCCAAAAGGAGAAGAAAAUUGGGCUCCACUCGUAAGAAUCUCAGCUCACAAACCAGAAAAGAAGGUUUGAAUCAACAGCAGGAGUUGGAGAACAAACCAACAGAGACCACAGCAACCAGUGAAAACAUGAUGGCAGAAGGUGCCUCCAGAAUGGAAGAAAAAGACCUCCAACUCUAUGUAGAGCAUAAAGACAGUGAUUCUGAUCAAAGAAAAGAUCACUUUUUUGCAGAAGCGGAAAUCAGUCAUGUUGUUAAAUCUUUGUCAAUGCUUCCGGUGGAGGAAACAGCCAAAGAAAGUCCAGUUUCCCAGAGUCACUUUACAGAACCAGAACAUCAUCUGACUCCAGAAACUGAAUCGACUCAGUCCACCUCUCCCAAAACUGAUACGCUGUCAGAAUUAGCAUCUGGUGGGAGGCGAAGAAAAUUAGGAUCAAACCGGAAGUCACACCUGCAUCAAAGCAACAAAGACCAAACUGCAAGAGAGGCCAGAAUAAUAAAUUCUCAAAAUGAGAAUGAUGUCAAAGAGGAAGAUGCACACAAGGCAACUGAAGAGCCCCGAGAAGAAUCACCUGGUCUGGACAAAAGAUCACAGGUUGAUGAAAGUGACAAGAAAACACUGAGCUUCAACACCUCAAAGCCUGCAAGUGAGAAAAUUCCAGUCCAGUCUGAAAUCCGCUUUGGUCAAGAGACCCAAAGGGAGAUUUUUUAUGCUGAUCCCAGAAGGACAGACCUCAGUUCAAACUCUUACAAUGUGGUGAUGGUUGGAGACAGCUGUGUGGGAAAAACCUCCUUCAUGAAAAGAGCUCAAAAUGGAAAGUUUUCCUUAGAUCUACCAGCCUCUGUUGGUCUUGAUUCCUGCACAUGGACAGUGUUAGUGGAAGGAAAACCUGUAGUUCUGCAGUUAUGGGACACAGCAGGUCAAGAAAGAUUUCGCAGCAUCACAAAACAGAUUUUCCACAAAGCUCAGGCAUUCCUCUUGAUGUAUGACAUCACUUCCUCCCAGAGUUUUUCUGCAAUCAGCUACUGGGCAAACUCCAUUCAGGAAAGUGCUGCAGAAAAUGUUACUGUUUUACUUCUUGGAAACAAGAGUGAUCAUGCACGACGACAGGUUAAAACUGAACAGGGAGAGAUUCUUGCAAAGGAAUACAACUAUGGGUUCCUGGAGUGCAGCGCUGCCACAGGAGAAAACGUUAUCCAGGCUUUGGAAAUCGUUGCCAGCAUGCUGAGUCAAAGAGCGGACUUCAGAGAGGAAGCCACAGUGUUGCACAAAGAGCCUGUGCAGAAAAAAAGGUCAACAUGUUGCUGAACAGUUUUUUUGGUGUGUAAAAAAAUACAAGAGGUGACAUCCUGCAAGCAGUGUGCGAACUGUACUGAUCAGACUUGUGUUCCAAGAAACUUUUUAAAGUAACUACAUUAUAAAGAACUUUGUUAAAAUUCCUUUUUACAAUGACCUUUAUCUAUGUAAUUAUUUUUCCAAACCUGCACAAGGCUAUUGUUUGUUUAGACAAAAUGAAUAGGUAAUGCUUGUACUUUCAAUAUAUUAUUUCCAUGGUUAAAACAAGCUUUUAAAUGUUACUGUGCAGAACUUUAUGCUGUGUAAGUGUUUAGAUUUAAACAUUCUCAUUAACGUAGUGUUUAUUCUUGCUCAUUGGUAUAAUGGGAGGUGGAAUUUUGUGUGUUUAGUUAAAUAUACAGCUUCUGGAGCCUCCUUUAAAUUUCCCUAUUAAAGCUGUAAUAACUGAUCUGACUAGUAAUCACAAGUUUUAAUACUCAAGCAGUCUAUGUUGAGUAAAGCUUAAUUUGUUCUGUAAUGUCUAUACUUCAGAAAAUUCUUUCUUAGUGUGUUUGUGGUAUUUUCACUCUGAACAGAUUACUUCUUUACAUUAUAGUUAAUUAUAUGGGUCUAUUGCACAGGACAAGUUAUACUAUUAACUUUGUUCUGAUUUUGUUUGUCAUCUGUUAUAAAUGAAUAACAUCAGCACUCAUUCUUCCUGCAGCAGUUACAGUUGCCAGGUCCCUCAUAUAAUCAUAAAUGCAUUUCAUGCCUCCAUAAUUAAAUACAGUGGGAGUAAAAGGGUUUGUGUCAUUUUCUUUAUUAUAUUAUUGCAUAUUACCCUUAAAUUUGUGUCACUGAGUAACUCUACUGCACACUGUGUACCCAGAAACACAAUCAGACAAUGAAAUUGUUCUGUCAUGUCUCAUGCUGAAUAAACCUCCAGAACUACAA